GAGAUCGCUGCCCUUCAGCUUCAGCUGACGGAGGGAGGGAGUUGUAUCAGUUGGAUGAGUGCAGGCCAGGCCGGCAUCAGCUCUGAGAGCGGUUCCUCAGGCACAAUGUGUGGAAUUUGCAUGAGUAACUCUUCCGCUGGCAGGGGCAGUAUGUGACCGCCCGCCUGGAGAAACGGAGAGUCCUUCCCUUCCUGUGGGUUCAGAAACAAAGCAGCGGGCAUCCUCUGGCACCUACUGGAGUGGGACAGUGGUUACCCAGACAUUGUUCAACAAAGAAUUAGAGGAGGAUGCCAGAGUAAAGAGUCUUCAUUUUCCAAGAAACUGGACAUCCCAAAACUCCUUUUGCUCCGGGACUCAGGGUUAAGACCGUCAUCAUCUCCUUCGUCAGAGAGUCGAGCUUUCUGACCUUUCUCGAGUUUGCAUGAUCCUCAAACAGCAGCAGAGCAGGAUCCCACCGCCUCGCAGUCUCCAGUCUAAGGGGCAUGCGCUAUCAGCCGUCCCCGGGUGAGGCAUGUCGUUCCCUUUGAAGAGGUUCGGCAGUCUCCGGAGGAGCAAGAAGCGCAAGGACCAGGAGCAGCUGAGCAGGAGGCGGCAGUCCGAGCCCCGGUGUCUCCCUGCCUCUGGGCUCUCGUCUCCCCCCAGCACACCAACGCAGAGCUCCAGCCCCCCCGUUUUUUCCCUGGACGCCCCCUGCAGUGCUGCGGAGCGGCUGGAGGAAAGACGCGCUCGCUCACUCUCCUCUCCUCCAGACACUGGCCAGCGCUUCAGCUUAGUGUCCAGCUACAGCAAACCCCCAAUCUUCACCUCCAGCUCCUCGUCCUCUGCGUUCAGCCCCGCCCCUGCCACACUCAGCCCCGCCUCCUCUACCUUCAGCUCUGCCUCCCAUCUGUCCUGCAGUGUAGCUGAAGGCAUGCUGGAGAAACUUGAACUCGACGAUGAAGCGUCAGAGGAGCCAGACUGUGAUAUGUACGUGCGCUUUAUGAAGUCCCACAAGUGCUAUGACCUCAUUCCCACCAGUUCAAAGCUAGUGGUCUUUGAUACCACACUGCAGGUAAAGAAAGCCUUCUUUGCUUUGGUUGCCAAUGGAGUAAGAGCUGCUCCACUGUGGGAGACGAAAAAGCAGAGCUUUGUGGGAAUGCUGACCAUCACAGACUUCAUCAUCAUACUGCACAGAUACUACAAGUCACCUUUAGUACAAAUUUAUGAGCUGGAGGAACAUAAGAUUGAGACGUGGAGAGAACUUUACUUACAGGAGACGUUCAAGCCUUUGGUGAACAUCUCUCCUGACGCCAGCGUGUUCGAUGCUGUUUACUCCCUCAUCAAAAACAAGAUCCACCGGCUGCCGGUGAUUGAUCCGGUCACAGGGAACGCGCUCUACAUCCUCACCCACAAGAGGAUCCUCAAGUUUCUGCAGCUCUUUGUGUGCGAGAUGCCCAAGCCGGCCUUUAUGAAGCGGACGCUGGGGGAGCUGGGCAUAGGCACCUACUCCAACAUCGCCUUCAUCCACCCGGACACGCCCAUCAUCAAAGCCCUCAACAUCUUCGUGGAGCGGAGAGUGUCUGCGCUGCCCGUGGUGGACGUCACCGGAAAGGUUGUGGAUAUUUACUCCAAAUUCGACGUCAUAAACCUGGCUGCAGAGAAGACCUACAACAACCUGGACAUCACGGUCACUCAGGCUCUGCAGCACCGCUCGCAGUACUUCGAGGGAGUGAUGAAGUGCAAACGGCACGAAACGCUGGACACCAUCGUGGACAGAAUCGUCAAGGCUGAGGUGCACCGGCUGGUGGUGGUGGAUGAAAACUCCAGCAUUGAAGGAAUCAUCUCACUGUCUGAUAUCCUCCAGGCCCUCGUCCUCACUCCGGCAGGACGAAGCAGAAAAGACGUUAUGACAGAAUGACGAGUAACGACGACAUGUUGCGGAAACGAGGAGAGAGGAGUCCAGUUGGAGUCGUGCCUGGUCCAGCAGGACGUUCCGACCCAGGGUUCGUUUCGUGGGACUCUCAGAGAACUCGACUGGAAGCACUUUGCUGCAUGUCGGGCAUCUUGUUUAGGUGCCUUUCGGAGCGGCUUUGUGAACAGACCCGUUACGGUCAUAACGCACAUUAUUUUCAUACACUCUGUAAAGUCUCGGUGGCCCAGUCCUCAGUGUUCGCUGCUGUACUGUAGGGGGCUGUUCUGAUUCGUGGGCACACUGGCUCACUGCGAUGGUGAUGGACAGCGCCUGUGAAAGAAAUCACAGCUAUGCACUGUGGGGAGAGUCUGUAUACUCAUAAUCUGUACUGCGUAUGAUAAACAGCACAGUAAUGUUCAAUGUGGAAACUGCACCUAAUGUAGAGAUUUGGGAAAUUGGAUUUGGGAAUUUAAAGGAAUACUCCAGAAUUUUUCAACUUAUGCUCUAUCUGCUGCAUCAGUUGUGCAGAGUCAGUUAUCAUGGAAAAUAUUUUUGUCACGUUUUGCUGUAGAAAAGAAGAGAAAACCUGUGGAGCUGAAACUGACUUAUAAUAGAAGUGUUUGGGCAGUUUCUCAAUUCUGUCAGGUAAAGUUUAUCAGAGUAAAACACUUCAGUCAAAGGUAUUUUUAAAUUCAGCUUUAACUCUGUAUAAUUCAGGCUUUCAAAAAAAGUGGGCAAAGAAAAUUAUUAGUGGUAAUUUGCUAAUAGUAUAAUUUGUACAUUGGCUCCUAUUGUACGUACUAACUGACUGUAUACAACAGAUAAAGCAAAAUUUCUCAAAAUUUCCCUUUUUUUUCAAAAUUUCUGCAUAAAUCAAUGGUUGCACUGCAAAAAUUAGUAUCUUGUCAAGUGAAAUGAUCUUAAAUCUAGUCAAUAUAUGUAAUAU